GGCAGACAAAACACUACAUACAUUUACUACUAUGAACAUUUAAAUCUAUAUUUUCAUAUCAUGGCAUCUAGUAAACCUGUUUCUACAGAUGUACUGACUGCCUUUGGCGUAGAUGCCGAUGCGCCGCUCAAGGCCCUACCCGGAGGCAGCUUGGUGUGCUACUUGGCCGGAGACAACGUGGUGCUGCGCCCGUCUGAAGACGAUGUUGAAUCACAGCAAAUCGCUGAAAUUUUAAGAAAGCUGAAUAACCUAAUGCAACCAUCUGCACCAUAUCGAGUCAGCAAUCCAGUGGCUGUGGCUACAAACCCAAACUGCUUCGUCUACUGCGGAUGGACCGCCUGGUCAUUUGUAUCUGGGGAACCCCGGGAAGAAUUCCGUUGGGACGAGUCGUUGCGCACUUGUCGUGGAUUUCACCAUGAUAUUGGGAAAAUUGGCAUUGUAAAACCAGAAUUUAUCAGCCGGCGCAUGAACCGUUUCCGCGAGGCAGACCUCGUAGCGUGGGGGGAGAAGGGUCUUGACCAGCUCCCAGUCACUACGAACCCGGCUGUGCUCUCACGAAUUGAGGCGCCGAUGCGCCGGCUGGAGGCUUUGAAACGUGAAUUUACACAUGAUUUACCGAAUCAGCUAGUCCAUGGGGAUAUGGCGGGGAACAUGCUCUUUGACGAAGAUGGCAAACUGCCGCCGGGGAUCAUCGACAUGACGUUUUAUUGGCGACCUGGUGGACUGGGAGCAGCGAUUAUGGUGGCCGACAGACUUUUAUGGAAUGAUGAAGGGGAUGAGGCUGUGAAGAUGUACGGAACAGAUGCAGAUUCUAUACAGCUGCUGCUGAGGGCACUGCUCUUCCGUAUUGUGACAUGGGCGAUUGAUAUUGUGGUGGUGGACGCAGAGCCUGACAGGAUUUGGGCCGAGAAGAUGCUACCAGUGGUAGAUUUUGAAGCCGCAGUUGAGAUUGUCAGUAAGUUUGUGACUUUAGAUGACUAGUCAACCUUAUUUACACCUCUAGAGUAUCCUACCUCAAGAUUGGGUUCCUUUC